AUCGAAAAGGCGCGUAACCCACGCUAACUCGCCAUCUUUUCCAGGUGACUUCCGGUUCUACAUCUCUGCAACUUUGGAAUCGCCUUUUACAUUUGUUUUAACAAAUUAAAUAGCGAUGGCAACCAAAACCCCCAAAAGCAGUAAGAAAACCAUAAUUACAACCACUACAACACAACGGACGUCAACCCCGUCCACAUCUGCAGCAUCUUCACCCGGCCGGCGUGCGAGGUCUCCAUCACCAGCACGCAUCUCCCGUCAAGCAGAAAAGGAGGAGCUCUCAAGUUUGAACGAUCGACUAGCAGCUUAUAUCGACAGAGUUAGAUAUCUAGAAAAUGAGAAUAGCCGCUUACAAGUUGCUGUAAAAUCAACAGAAGAGACCGUCACCCGUGAAGUAUCAAGUGUAAAACACUUGUACGAAACAGAGUUGGAAGAUGCAAGAAAACUGCUUGAUGACACUGCCAAGGAGAAAGCAAGAUUGCAAAUUGAGGCAUCUAAGCUGAAGGCUGAAACAGAUGAAUGGAGAUCUAAAUACUAUAAAAGGGACAAGGAAGCUAAGGAUGCUGAAGGACAACUACAUGGUUUACAAAAGGACUUGGCAGACUUGGAAGGUAAACUGGCUGUAUCUGAACAACAAAGAAAACAUUGGGAAAAGGAAUAUAAUAAAAUUAAAGGUGAUAUUGCAAUGUUAGAAAGACAGCUUGCAACCAGCAAAAAGCAGCUGGAAGAGGAAACCUUAGCUAGGGUUGACCUACAGAACAGAUUACAGACAAUGAAGGAGGAACUGACCUUUAAAUCACAAAUGCAUGAACAGGAAUUGAAUGAAACCAGAGUAAGAACCACAAGAGAGGUGGAAGAAGUAGACUCAAGUGUAAGAAUGGACUAUGAGACUAAACUUCAGGAUGCAUUGAGACAAAUGAGAGAUGAAAGUGAUGAGAAGCUGUUUGUUGGCAAACAAGAAAUAGAGACAGUUUAUGAGAGAAGGAUUGAUGACCUCCAGUCCCAGUUAGAGAGAACAAUGAAUGAUUCCACUGUACAUAACCAUGAUGCUUAUACCUAUCGUAGACAAGUGGAUGAACUCAAUUCAGAGCUAGCAAGACUCAGGGACCAGAACGUUUCAUUAGAAGGAAGAGUUAGAACUUUGGAAGCUCAAAUAAUGAAGGAACAAGAUGAUUUCCUAGAAAGAUUAGCUCAGAAAGAUUUAGAUAUGACGGCUCUACAAGAAAACCUUAACGAAUUAACCCAAGAGUACAGUGAUCUGCUUGAGAUUAAAAUCAAACUUGAUCUUGAAAUAGCCAACUACCGAAAACUGUUGGAAGGAGAAGAAGACAGACUGAAUAUUAGUAGUAUUAGUUCUUUGUCUCCUGGUACUCCUAGCAGAGGUGCUAAGAGGAAGAGAGUGGCAUUGUCAGAAGAAGUAACAGAGUUUGGCGAGACGUCCAGUGGAUUAUCUUCCACUAGUGAGGCUACUGGUAACGUGGUUGUCAGUGAUGUAGAUGCUGAUGGAAGUUAUAUACAGCUAAAAAACAACUCUGAUGAGGAUAUUCCAAUUGGAGGAUGGCUGCUCAAGUUAAAACAUACAGAUGAUAUAGAUGCUGACGAAGUAGCUCAUUACAAAUUCCACCGCACAUUGCAGUUAAAGGCUGGCCAGACAUGUACUGUAUGGAGCUCUGGUACUGGAAAGACACAUAGUCCACCAAGUGAUCUUGUCAUGAAGACUCAGAAAUGGUUAAAGAGUAAGGAUUUGAUGAAAGCAGAAUUAAUCAAUUCUGAUGGAGAUGAGGUAGCUAGCAGAAAGUUGUCCAAGACGAUCUCUAGAACAAGUUCCUCAUUCAGAACCAGUUAUGAUACAACUGAUUCGUCUAGAGGGAGAGAAAAGGAAGGAUGUGCUGUAAUGUAAUCCUUAUAUUGAAGUGCUUCAUAUGUUCUAGCCAGGUUAUAUAUGCAGGGUGCACUGCUAGUUCUUUACAUCGUUAUGUUUUAUCAUGUGUCCUUGUCCGGUAAUUAAGUGUGAAAUAUCUAGCCCUCGAUGGCAGAAUACUUAAGUUGGGAAUUUAAAUACUAAUGAUUAAAUAUGAGAUCACAUGUCACAAAUACGUUGCUCUUUAUGCCAGUAUUUAAGAUAAGCACCCUGCAUGUGACAUCUGGCUAGAAUACUGCCUGAGGACCAGUUGCUCCACAUAGUUUAUAUAGAGAAUAGUACACCAUACAUGUAAUGACUGAAGAAUGUAGCAAAGAUUAUCCUAAAAAGAAAACCAUUAAAGAAAAGACUGAGAAAAGAACAGUUUAUAUAUGGGUUAUCUCUGAAAUAUUGUAAUUGUCUUUUACUUAAGAUGUAACUUGUUAUUAUAAAGAAAGUUUUACGUUGAAAAAGUUGUAUUUGAAAGGUUGAUUUUUAUAAGGUUGUAUUUUACAAGUACCUGUUCAUUGUUUAAAUUUUGAAAGAAAUGUAAAGAAGGUUGUUAAGAGAGAUUUAUUGUGAGUGUUUUGGAAAAUGAAGACUGAUGGAGGCUUUUUGAGUGUUUCUCAGGGACGUUAUACCUCAUGUCUUAUGGAAUGUGUUCAUUUUUCCUUCAACUGUAGUCCCUUUAAAUAAGUUUUUCAUGGAUGUCAGACAAAAAACAAAUGCUAUUCCAUUCACAAUCUUAUUGAACUUGCAAUAUUCUGUAUUGAUUAAGGCAGCAAAAGCAUAGAAAAAUGGGGCAUUAAUGUCAG